CGUGUUGAUUCAACCGCCCGGCUGUAAUAGUAAACAGUGAUGAUAGACACGCCGCGUUUGCAUAGCUGAGCGUCUGGCUGAUAAGAUCUGUUAUGCAUGGCCAGAGACUUUGUCAAACUCCCACACCUGAACCAAGAAAGUCAUUUUCUAUACCAAUAUAAUUUUGUUUUCUUUUCCAUUGCCGACAGUUUCUAGAGUAUGUCGUUUAAAAACUGUUAGCGCACGGCCGAGAAUGUUGUCUCACGUUGAAAAGCGUUUUCUUUCGACACUUUUAUGCGCCAACGGUUUUUACUUUCUGUGACUUGGUGCAUUAUUUUGUUUUUUUCGUCAUAUUGAUUGGGAUUUUCCAAUAUGUUUUGGUAACGUAUUCGACAGUAGUGGGUAAACACGUACUUAGCUUUGUUAAUGAUGAUUGGCUGUUGCUGUAAUCUCAGAAUACCUAAACUACGUAUGUGUAAUUGUACAGUAUGGGAUUCCCAACUUUGCAUAAUAAUGUCGAUGGGGACAUCCUUCAUUUUUAUUGAUAAGAAAACAAAUUUGUAAAAUGGGGGGACUAUAUAAAUGACUGACUUUGUGAAGACGGACAUACUCUCAGCUGCCUCGUUUUGAAAAAUGAAAGUCUUUCAAGCAAUCGUGUUGGUUUCCCUUUGUGCCAUCCCUUACAUCGAAUGUAAGAGUGUUGGAGACGUGAAUCGUAGCGAUGGCAAAGCAGAUCCCAUUACCUUCACGCAUUUCAAUCUAUGGACAAGGAAUAAUCCAACUAGCCUACAAGAACUGUUUAUUGGCGACAUUGCUACUUUAGCUGAAUCAAAUUUCGACACGUCCAAGCCCACCAAAGUGUUUGCUCACGGUUGGAGAAUGAACGGCUAUGAUAACGAUGCUGUGAUUAAUCUAAGAAAUGAAUUCCUCGCUAAAGAAGAUUGCAAUUUUAUUGCUGUGGAUUGGGAAGAGUUGGCCAACAAUAUCAACUAUUAUUCAUCGGCAGCCAACACGCAGCCAGUUGGAUCCUUGACUGGCGAUUUCCUUAACUUUCUCGUUGCUCAAGGAUUGGAUGUCAAUCAACUUCACGUUAUCGGUUUCAGUUUGGGAGCUCACGUUGCCGGAAAAGCUGGUGCUGCCCUAAAUGGGCGCAUUCCACGAAUUACUGGACUAGAUCCGGCUUAUCCUGGUUUCUCCGUAGAGAAUACGGAUGAAAGACUAGACGUGACUGAUGCCCUAUUUGUUGACGUCAUGCAUACGAAUAGCGCAUCAUUACUGGAUGGCGGACUUAGUUUCCCAGUUUCCAUCGGGCACGUAGAUUUCUGGCCGAACGGUGGCAUUGUCCAGCCGGGUUGCAUCCUUACAGGAUCCGAUAUCCUCGCUAUAGCAACUGGAUGCAGUCACAGUCGAGCUCAUCAAUAUUUCGCCGAGUCAAUCAACGGUGGACGUUUUACGUCCAUUCGUUGCACAUCCUACGACGAUUUCAGUGCAGCUUUGUGCAAUGGCAAUCCACAGGAUUUAAUGGGCCUUCCCAUUUCUACGUCGGCUUUGGGUGAUUAUUACCUCAACACGUUCGACGCCGCCCCGUUUUCCAUGGGUUGAUUUUACACCGCACAUGUAAUAUCAUAUCGUUUUUACUCAAAGACCCAUUGCUAUGCCCCUAGUCAUGAUAAUGUUAUGGCAUUUUUAAUCUCUUCGACAUUUUUAUUGUUACCAAGUGUGCCAAUAUCAGAGUCGACGUUAUACAUGUAAACUCUUGCUACUAA